AUGGCGGAAAAUCCGCUUUGCGUCAAGUCAUUUUUCGAUAAGAAGACACAGUCGGUUGCUGAGUUUCAGGAAACCCUGAAAAAACAAGAAUGGUGGAGUACAUGUGGACUUGAAUCCGACCGCGCGCGGCUUUUACUCCCGGACUCGGGUCUCCUCGUUGCCUUCAUGAAGUGGACUGAGACCGAAAAAGAAGUUCUUGGCCAGGUCAAGGAGUCGCUAGAAUUUCGGGAAAAGACGAAACUCUACGAGCUUGAAGCUACAAAGCUAGCUCCAUUCAAGCAGCCAUUGUUUACAAUUCAAGGCAAAACUAAAAGCGGAAAUAGGAUUAUGUGGGUCCAAGUCCAGUACAACGACCCUAAACAGUUGGAAGAGGGCAAGCGAUGCCUGGACUAUUUAUUCGAGGCAAUCACUAGAGCUGAACCCAACAAACCAGUGCAAAUCGUGCUCAUCUUCAAAGGCGCUGGCAUGUCUAAUGUCUCCAUCGAUUUCAUCAAACAUCUCAUUUACAUAGGAACGGCAAUCUUCCCGCACUACAUUUUCAAGAUUACCGCCCUCGACAUGCCUUGGAUUUUCAAAGCGACUUGGGCUGUUAUCAAGGCCUUCCUCACGGAAAAACAAAAACAAAUGGUGAACUUUACAAGCUUGAGCGAUUUUGAGAAAGAAGUCUCGAAGGACAACUGGAUCAAAGUAGUCGGCGGAAGUCUGCCUGAAAUCACUUUCGAUGGGUCAGCUCCGAUUCCAGAAGAACUCGGAGAUCUGCGAAACUCUUUGAAAUUUUGA